AUGCCAACUGCCAAGCAGCUAGCCGACAUUGGCUACAAGACCUUCUCCACCUCCAUGAUAUUACUUACUGUGUAUGGGGGAUACCUCUGCAGUGCCCGAGCCUACCAAUAUUUUCAAUGGCGCAGCUUGCGGCACCAGGAUGCAGAAGAGCAGAAGACUUCAGGAGUCCUGUAG